GUCAGCAGAGUGUCAGAGUGACAUUGUAAUAAUUAUAUUUAAUUUCUGAUUUUAUUGGCUAUUGGUGUAUGUCAUGUGGUUGGUGUUCUUCACAUUUAUUUCCCAUUAAUAUAUUAAUAUAGUUCAAUACAGAAAGAGCAUCACAUACAAUAAGUAAACUAAACAAAAUAAAUUGUAGUAUUUGUAAAAUUUGGAUACCCUAAUCUUAGCUUACACACAAAAGUUUUCGACUAACCAUGAAAAAAGGUAAAAAGUUUUUUGGUAAAAGAAAAAACAACUUUAAAGGUAAUACUACUAAGAAAAAAAGGAAAUUGACAAAUGAAACCGAAGUAAUUAAUAAAAAAGCCAUCUUUAAUCGGUACAAAAAUGUACAGAAAGUUGAAGAAGAAUUGAAGAAGAAAAAACAAAUUGAGAGAAAAUUUCUGACACAGACCGAGACGUAUUCGGAUAGUGAAGAAGAGGAAGAUAUGUAUGGACAAUUAGUAUCUUGUUUUAGUGGUAAUGUGAAGCAACCUAUAGCAGACAGUGAAGAAUCAGACACAGACCAAGUCGAGAGUGAUGAAGAGGAAUUGGAUAACACAAAUAGGCAAGUUAAUGAUUAUGAAUCUAACAAAAGUGCUACCGAUGAUGAUGAUGAUGAUGAUGAAGAUGAUGGUGACAGCAUAGGGAAGAAAGAAAAUGGAAAUGAGAAUAAUGUUAAGAUUUCAGAGCCUGAUGCAAAUGAAGAUGAUUCUUACAAUGACCCAUUUACAAGACAUCUAGAGCAUGAUAUUUCAGACGAAAUGCUUGUGUCCCUGACCAGUUCACCACCAAAUGUUGAAACCACCAAUCAAAAUUGGCCAACAAUCAGCAACAUAACUACCAUCAUACCAAAACCAGUAGAAACAAUGUUGAAAAAGGCAAACCCUAAGAUUUCUAUAUUGGAAGAAAAAACAUAUGCAAUGCCUGGAACUGUGCCUCAAUUGCUAAAAAAUGUAGGUUACAAACAGCUUUGCAUUAAGCCACAGAUACAUGGGAAUAUAGUAUCAGCAAAUAAAAGCAAUUUGAUUAAAAGGGACUUAGAAUUAACUGAAAUUUUCACAUCUUUACAAAAAGAAUUAUUUUCAAUUAUUAAUAAUUACCAGGAUCUGUAUUAUCCAGAUAGAUCAUUCAGUAAUGCUGAUGAAAUUCGAUAUAUAUAUUGUCUUCAUGUUGUAAAUCACAUGCUAAAGAGUAGAAGUAAGAUUCUUCAUCAUAAUUCAAAAUUAUCAAAGAAAAGUGAACCACUAGAUGAAUUCAGAGACCAAGGCUUAGUAAGGCCCAAGGUCCUCAUUAUAGUUCCAUUCAGAGAUGCUGCAUACAGAGUAGUAAAGACAAUAAUUGAUAUUUUGGUGCCCAAAGAAGCCGGUCAGGUGUUGCAUAAGAAAAGGUUUGAAGAUGAGUUCACUGGGACUGAACUGAUUAUGCCAAAGAAAAAUCCAAAACCUGAGGACUAUGAACUUCUUUUUACCGGCAAUACAGAUGAUACAUUUAGAAUUGGAAUGACAAUUACCAAAAAGACACUGAAGCUAUAUACUGAUUUUUAUUCGUCAGAUAUUAUUGUGGCUUCACCAUUAGGACUGAGGAUGUUAGUAGGUGCUGAGGGGGAAGAGGAUCGUGACUAUGAUUUCUUGGCGUCAAUAGAAUUAUUAAUAAUGGAUCAAGCUGAUGUAUUUCUCAUGCAAAAUUGGGAUCACUUACUACACAUCUUAGACCAUUUCCAUUUGCAACCUAAGAAGACCCACGGAACAGAUUUUUCCAGAGUUAGAUCAUGGGCAGUCAAUGGAUGGGCGAAAUAUUACAGGCAAACACUAAUAUUUUCCUCAGUGUUGUUACCGGAAAUUAAAUCGAUAUUCAAUAAGAAAUGUAAUAAUUAUGCUGGAAAGGUUUUGAUCUCGAAUCCAGUGAAAGUUGGAAGUGUUCAACAGGUUUUACUUCAAGUGCCUCAAAUAUUCCACAGGUUUAACGCCACGACGCCACUCGAGUCGGUGGAGUCCAGAUUUGAAUACUUUAUAAAAGAAGUUUUACCGAAACAGAGAGAUACACUAAUGAGCCACACGCUCAUUUUUAUUCCGAGCUACUUUGACUAUGUGCGGAUAAGAAAUCAUUUCAAGAAAGAAGAUAUAAGUUUUGUUCAAAUAUGUGAAUAUUCAAAAGACCCAAAAAUAGCGCGGGCUCGAGAUAUGUUUUUCCACACUGAAGCACACUUCAUGCUUUACUCUGAGAGAGUACAUUUCUUCCGAAGAUUCCGUAUUAAAGGCAUUCGGCAUAUAAUAUUCUAUCAACCCCCGACAUAUCCAAAUUUUUAUUCUGAGAUGUGUAACUUAAUGCAGGAGUGUAACCAGAAUAAAUACGGUGGCAGCGAAUGCAACAUGACGGUCACUGUGCUCUACUGUAAAUACGACUUGUUGCAGAUAUCCGCCAUACUCGGAUCGAAUCGUGUCUCACGCAUCAUGGGAUCUGAUAAACCAGUGCAUAUGUAUAUGACAGGAGAAUAAUAUUCAUUAUAAUCAAUUAGUUGUUGAUUACGACGUUUACAUUUUAAAAAAUCAAUAAUAAAUGGUAUUUUAUUAUAA